CAAUUAAUUCGUUCCCUCUCGCCACAGAUUCACCCAUUUCAAUAUUUUCUUUGAUCUCUCACAUUUUGUUUAUAUAUUCUUUUGACGCUAUUUUUAUUCCCUUCGCAUGCGCAUUUGCGCAAUAUCCGAUGCCCGACUCUUUUUAUUCCUUAUUAUUAAAAAUAAACGAAAAGAAAAGCGUUGUUCUUGGAUCCAUCAAUCCAUGAACCUACACCAACUGUUCGACAAAAAGCCUCUCACAAUAAUCACGCCACAGACACGCCAUUACAUAACAUUCCACUCUCAUGAUUACUCGUGUUUUCUUCUCCAUAUUUUGACCCUCCUCUCUCUUCUCGUCCACCCAAAAAUUUCCUUCCCAGCAGAGUGUCAAUCACAUGAAAAAAAUAAUGUAUUACAGAGAUAACUAGAGCGAUGGAUAAUGGGUUCAAAAUCCAAAAUAGAAGGUCUUGCAAGGUUUGCCGAUUAAUGAUGGCGAAAAUUUCUGGAUUCCAUCGAGAAGGAAAUGACUGGUUCUGCAAUUCGAGUUUGCCGAGCGAUAUUACAGUGGUCGUGGAUGAAGUAAACUUCCAUCUUCACAAGUUUCCUCUCAUAUCACGAUGCGGAAAGAUAGCUACCGACCUCGAACAACCCCAGACCACCACCAACACCACAUCAACACUAGCCCUCGAGCAAUUCCCAGGUGGGCCCAACACAUUUUUAGCCAUAGUGAAAUUCUGUUACAACUCCCGCAUAGAGUUCACAGCCCGCAACAUCGUAACCUUGUACUGUGCAUCCGAUUACCUCCAAAUGACUGACGAUUAUGGCGAAAACAACAUGCUCUCGAAAUCCGAGGCCUUUUUCCAUAAACAAGUCCUGCGCCAGUGGAAGGAUUGCAUAUUGGCCCUCCAAAGCUGCGAAAAGAUAACCUCGAGAGCCGACAAGCUCCACAUCAUAAACCGGUGCAUGAACGCCUUAUCCGUUAUGAUCUUCACGGAUCCCACUUUGUUCGGGUGGCCCAUGAUGAUGUAUGGCAGCCUUCAGAGCCCGGGGGGCAGCAUUUUAUGGAACGGGAUUAAUACAGGCGCGAAAAUAGAUACAAAAACUGAAUCCGAUUGGUGGUUUGAGGACGUUUCGUAUCUUUGUGUCGAGUUAUUCGAGAGGUUAAUACUGACCAUGGGGUCUAAAGGGGUAAAGCCCGAAAUUUUGCUGCGGGCCAUUAUGUACUACUGCAAGAAGUACCUUCCAGGCCUGGGCAGGUGGCAGCAAACCGGGCUUCCAGGAACGGUUGCUAGUUUCAGCAUGAAGCCCGCGAAUAUCGAACAGGAUGCUUUAUUGAAAAGUGUCGUGAAAUUACUGCCCGACAAAAAGGGUAAAUCGUUUUGCCGUUUUCUGCUCGGGCUUUUACGCGUUGCAUUGAUCUUGGGAGUUAAUGACGAGUGUCGGGAUUGUUUGGAGAGGAGGAUAGGUGCACAGUUGGAGUUUGCGGUUCUCGAUAGUCUUCUAAUCCCUAGUUAUUCGGAAUCCGACACUUUGUAUGAUAGUGAUUGUGUGGAGAGAAUGGUCCAGUAUUUUGUGUCGUCCGCUCCUGACUUGGCUCUCGUGUCCCCUUCAUCGUUGCUCGACUUGGAGACUUCCCCGGAAUCUGGACGGUUGAAGAGAGUAGCUAAAUUGGUGGAUGAUUACGUAGCGGAGAUUGCUUCGGACGUUAACUUGAAACUCAGGAAGAUACGUGCACUGGCCGAGGCCUUGCCGGAAUCUUCUAGAUCUUUGCACGACGGGCUGUACCGGGCUUUGGAUAUAUACUUUAAGUCACAUCCUUGGCUCCCGGACAAAGAUCGCGAGAGCCUGUGUACGAUGAUCGACUUCCAGAAGCUCUCUCUAGAAGCAUGUGCACACGCGUCCCAAAAUGAGAGGCUGCCACUGAGAGUUGUUUUACAGGUCUUGUUUUUCGAGCAGAUGCAGCUGAGGACGGCCCUGGCAGGCUGCCUCAACAUUAUGGAUACCGAAAGUGCCCCUGGGCCCUCGAGGGCCAGCCAAGUGGCCCAACGAGAUGGGUGGGUGACAGUUGUCCGCGAAAACCAGGGCCUAAAAGUUGACAUGGAGAUGAUGAGAUCCCGAGUCGGGGAACUCGAGCAGGAGUUCGGGAAAAUUAAGGAGGAAAUGAAGAAAGUGUCAAAAUCACAUAGUUACCUUACUUCUCCUCGUUUACUUGACGUGCCCAAGAGCUCAAGCUCAACUCCAAGGGCAUCGAUUGGGCUAUCCCGGCCUUCAAUUCGCCUCCCUUGGCAUAGGAAAACUUCAUCUCUAUCUGGUUAGGGGGAUUCCAUUUUUUCUUGUUUUCUCGUGCUACGAAAAAAAUUGCUUUCCCAGAUCUUAUGGGAGUUUUUGCAAGAACUGAGAAGUGAUUCUCGACUUUUAUGAGGGAAAUGGAAAAAUAUUUCCGCUUUUCCCUCCUAGAAUUGGUCUCUCUCUCUCUCUCUCUUCCUCACUCAAGUUCUUGCAAACACUCCUUAUAUAGAUAAAGAGAUGGUGCGAGAAAAUCGGCUUUACUGGUGCAAUGGUAUUGAAGCUGAUGAAGGCCGUUUCUUUUCCUUUAUUUUUUACUUUUUCAAAUGCACAAAUCUCUCAUUCUCAACCGUGUUCAUCUGGUAAGGACUCUCGUGCCACAUGUACAGUGAUAACGUAAAAUUGAUGCGCAUGGUGUUCGCUGAUUUAUGACACCAAAGAUGUAAUCAGGUCAGAGAAAGAAAAGAGCUUGUGCAUUUUCUUUGGUAUGGUAGAAAAAAAUUAUGUGAUAGACUGUGAUGAGAGGAGCCGCUGGGGAAAAAAAUUUCAAUUGUGGGAGUGAUUACAAAAAAAUGAGUAAACUAUAUUCAUGUUGCCAAAUAUAUAAUAUAUAAAAUUAAUUUUAAUACU